UUAGUUCCUGGUUGAUGGGAUAACACGCUUUCGGCGACUGUUUGCUCACCACGCAACAUCAACUUUUAAAAGCAUGGAAUAAGUAGGUUCUUAGUUUACCAAAGAGACAUUUCAGCGAAAACUAACGUUGAAAUUCAACUGUGUCAGUUGCAGGUCUUGCCCAAGGCAUGACUCUGUAGACUCUCCAGCAGGUUUGCUCACUGUAGGCUUGCCAGCUUGCAACCGCCAGCGAAGCUAGCUAAGUCGCUAGCUAGCAACAUUGCAGUCCAAAAUGACUGACUGCUGCGCCGCAGCGAACUGUGAUUAUCAGCAAGAGGGAUCCGAAAACUCUCCUCCGCUUUUCAGCUUCCCCCUGGAUCCAGAGCGAUGCAAUCAAUGGUUGAACAACUGUCAGCGCCAAGAUCUGGCAUCAGAACCUCCUGAGCAGCUGCAUAAGCUGUACAGACUUUGUGCAAAGCACUUUGACCCCUCUGUGAUCUCUCAUCAGAGCUCCUCCAGUUGUGUCUUAAGGGAAGAUGCUGUUCCAACAAUAUUUGACUCAACAAUGCCUGUAAAUAAUCAAUCAACCUGCAACAGGAAGCGAGCUAGGGAUACUUCUGAAGAGGAUCCUACAUCUGUGAAGAAAACAAAAGAAAACACAGCAACAACAGAGGUGACUGAAGAGAAGAGAGAAGUACCUGGUGCAGCAUCUGAACUGCAACACGAGAACCAAACCCAAGAGGAUGGAGCCAGCUCUAAAGCUAAAGAGACUCUGAAAGUCUAUUUCAAGGAAAUCCUGGCACUUACUGGCUUCAGCAUAAAUGGUGCAAACAUCAGCAGUGAUGAGUCGAUCGGAGGUACGAGAGGACAGCAGUCUUUCAAUCGAAUCUGCGUGGAGAAAAUUGACAAGAAAGAAAUCCUCCAGUUCAGCGAAGAUCUCAUGCGGGACGAGAUCCAAAACAGCCUCAGGCUGGCCCGAUUCUUCUCCAUUCUGCUUCAGGAUGUGACGAGUAUAGAGGGCAAGGAGCAGAUCCCAGUUUUCCAUCAGGUCUGUCACAGUAGAGGGGUUCCCACAAAAGCACCUCAUUGGGGUUCUUACCAUGCGACAUGGAUACAGAGAAUCUGUUUUACAUGCUUCUGUCAGAGUUGCGAAACAAGUGGGGGCUGAGGAUGGAGCACUGCAGGGGGUUUGACUUAUCUGGUUACAGGCAGCAUGUGUCAGAAAAUGCGAGACCUUACCAUCCAGGAUCCUGCUGGAGGUUCCCACAAGUAGUUCUGUCACCAAGCGCCCAUAUGCCUUCAACAUAUGGAUCAUUCGCUGCAUGAUGCCUGUGCCCUCCAUUCAAAGCGUUGCUAACACUGUAGAGGAGGUGGCCUCAUUACUCAGGAGAACACCGGAGCUGUGCAAACGAUUGGAAGGAAAGAUCCAGAUGACGUAUGGGCAUAUGAAAGGGAAGUGGACAGGAUCAAGACAGCCGUCGGUGAGAAUUGGGAAUAUGGCACCGAUGCCUUCCAGACCAUGUUGGACAUUCUGGAGCCGUUCCUGAACUGCAUCAACGAGAUGAUUUCAAAGGAAAUGGUUUUCAGAUGCAAUUGGCAGAGCAAAGAAGCUGGGAGUGGAGGUCACCAAACCAGAGGUGGACCAAGCAGACACAGACGAAACACCGCUGGAGGACCU